UGUUUCCAUUUUUGGACACUACCUAACAUUCGUCAUUGUUUUCUUUUGAACGUUUCUCACCCGAACUCAAAAUGUCACUCGAUCUGACGUUAGACGCCAGUGAGGAGGCCCGUUUUCUGAACAAGAUUAGCCGCUUCGUGAAGCGGCUGGUAAAGAAAACCCAUUUCACGCAAAGGGAGCUGGAGGUUUGCCUGUUAAUCUACUACAAAAUGCUUCGCGAUGACGAGGGCAAACUGGGAAUGCUCGUCAGCCGGCACCAGGUGGAUGCGGUUUUCGAUGCGAGCUUCGGUAUCACAGACAGCGCCACCGUCGGACGGAUUUUCACCGCGUUGGACAAAAGUGUCACCACGCAUGUCAGCAUGGAAACUUGGGCGCGUAUGCUGUCGUUGUUUUUGCGGGGCAGUUUGGAUGAAAAGAUUAGCCACUGCUUCCAGGUGUACGACAUUUCCGGCGAAGGACUGAUACGGAGAGAACACAUGAUGGUCCUGCUGAAGGGUUGUUUUAUCAAGCAACAUGAAGAGGACGCCGAGGAGGACAUCAAAGAUCUAACGGAGCUAAUUAUUCGGCGGAUGGAUGCGGACCGCGACGGGGCGAUUUCGUUGGACGACUUUCGAGAGGCCGUACACAAUGCACCCGAAAUGUUGGAAUGUUUCGGACAGGCCCUGCCGGACCGGGCGCACGUGUAUGCCUUCUCAAGAACGUUUCUGGAUCGGGUGUCAAAAUUUUGA